UCAAACCGAGAACAAAAGCUGUCCAGUUCUUGAACUAAGGCUGGACAACUCAAGGUAAAUUUCAAGGGACAAAUCUCAUGCCUGGUGUGUGGACCACGUGGAAAGUUCAACCAGAGACCUUCAAACUACUAACUGGGUUGAGAAGUUGCCAAUUUCAUGUUGUGGACAACCAGUCCAAAGAAAUCAAAGCAACACUUCCUACCACACUCAUAUCCCUCCCAAGAUUUUUCUUACUUAUGUUUAUCUUUCAUAUGGCAAAAACUACUUUAGUUGGAAUUUUACAAUCAGCAGCUUCUGCAGUGCUUCUACCACAAACACCUCUUUCCUCUCUACAUGGAACACCUGAUUUGAACCAUCUGGGAUCAAGCCUUCCCAAUGACGAGGGACAUGCAAUUUGAAAUAUUGGUCAUCAAUGAUUUCAAGGAAAACAGAUUUGGAUCAAAUAGGGGGAGUGAGAAAGGAAGCGAAGUUGGCCCAAGACAUAUGAGACCUGUCCCCCUGCUGCCCUCCAUCAGCAGAAUUGCUGGCGCUGAGCUGGUGGGACUUGCCCAGAGCCAACUCCUCUUCGGCUUCUUGUGAAAUACUGCUGACAACACUCUCAGACACACCUGUCCAGGAAGCAGGACAGAACCGUAGAAGUCUUCUUCCAAGACACAUGGCACAUAACCAGGAGUCUCUAGCUCAAACCUCUGUCACCAAGUUCAAAGACCAGGACUUUAAUUCUUUGAGGGAUCGUUGCUUAAGCCGGGGCCGACUGUUUAAGGAUGAGACAUUCCCUGCCAUGGAUUCUUCCAUAGGCCAGAAGUUGCUCCAGGGAAAAAACCUCACCAGCCUGGAGUGGAAGCGACCACAGGAGUUGUCAGUGGUGCCCCCUCACUUCAUACUGGAAGGUGCAAGCAGGUUUGAUAUCCAACAAGGAACAGCAGGAGACUGCUGGUUCCUUGCAGCACUGGGCUCCUUGACACAGAACCCUCAGUGUCUGCAGAAGAUCCUGAUGGACCAAAGCUUUUCACACCAGUAUGCAGGAAUUUUCCGUUUCCGAUUCUGGCAGUGUGGCCAGUGGGUGGAAGGGGUGGGGGGUGCCCGCCUGCCUGUCAUGGGCAAUGUCUGCCUCUUUGUGGGUCCUCGCAAAGACAACCAAGAAUUCUGGCCCUGCCUGCUGGAGAAAGCCUAUGCCAAGCUGCUUGGAUCCUAUUCCCACCUGCACUAUGGCUACCUCCCUGAUGCCCUGGUAGACCUCACAGGAGGGGUGGUCACCAGUGUCAACCUACACUCCCUCCCUUCUGAACUGGUGAUGGCUGUGAAGAUAGCAGCCAAGACAGGCUCCCUGAUGACCUGUGCCACUCCAAAAGGGCCGAUGGAUGGGGCCCAGACGAUGGAGAAUGGGCUGGUGUGCCAGCAUGCCUACACUGUGACCGCGGCUGAGCAGAUUCAGUACAAGAGAGGCUGGGAAGAAAUCAUCCGCCUGUGGAACCCCUGGGGUAACACCGAGUGGAGAGGACGCUGGAGGGAUGGGUCUCGGGAGUGGCAGGAAACCCAGGACCAGAGAAAAAACCAGCUCUAUGAGGACAAGGAAGAUGGCGAGUUUUGGAUGUCAUGUCAAGAUUUCCAAGAGAACUUCUCCUGCCUUUUUAUAUGUAACCAAAUUCCCAUCACUCUGGACCAUGGAAACCCACUCCAUGAAAGAUGGUCCCAAAUGAUGUUUAAGAACCAAGUGAUUCGAGGAAACACUGCAGGACAAUCUCAGAGGGAAGCUCAGUACUUCUUCUUUGUGCCAAAGCAAACAGAGGGAAUCAAUGUUGUUGUGUCCUUCACCAUCAUGCCACAGAGCUGGAAAUCAGAAGAUGAGAUAUUUCCAUUAAGCUUCCAGGUGUUCAAGGUUGACCCCCAGUUUCAGCAGUUUGGAGAGAGAUUGCCACCAGAGUUCUUCUCUCCAUUUAGAAAUGCUGCCCAGGGCCUAGAUCAUGAAACCAAGCGCAACUUCACAAAGUCCUUGCAUCUGAGCCCUGGGACCUAUGUUGUGGUCCCCUCAGCACGUAGAGAAGAAGCUGAAUUCUUUCUCCGAAUCUUCCUAAAAGUACCAGACAGUUCCAGGAACCUGAACAGCAAUUUCAACCUCAGAGCACUGAAGGCAAGUCUUCUAGAAAAUGGCUCCCAGCAAAGCAUUUUCUACAGAUACGCUAAGAAGGGGCUGGACAUUGAUGCUACUCAGCUUCAGAGCCUUCUCAACCAGGAAUUCCUGACAGGGCCUCCAGGGGACACAUUCUCCUUGGACGAGUGCCGCAGCAUCGUGGCCCUGAUGGAUCUGAAAGUGAAUGGGCGACUUGACCAUGAGGAAUUUGCAAGGCUAUGGAUGCGGCUUGUGCACUGCCAGCAUGUUUUCCAGAGCAUCCAGCACUCUGGAGUUCUUCUGAGCUCAGACUUGCAGAAGGCCAUAGAGAAUACAGACUUCCUUUCAGGGAUCUUCAUCAGCAGUGAGCUGCUGGGUCUCAUGAUGCUCAGGUACAGUGACAACACCGGCAGGGUCAGCUUCCCCAGCCUGGUCUGCUUCCUGAUACGGCUCGAAGCCAUGGCAAGUAAGUACCCUGGUGUACCCUGUGGAGACCUUCACAGUGACCAAAGAACAUACUUCUGCCCCCAUCCUGGGCAAGGCCUCCAUGGUGAGGAGGGCUGUGUCCUGUGUGAGACACUCUGGCUUUGAGAGGAUGGAGCCUGGAU